CAUGCGCUGCCGGUCACGUUCUCUUUUCGAACGCUGAGUUGCAGGAACAUUUGUACCGAUCGUGGGAAAACAGGAAGCUAAUGGCGAGUGGGACAGGAAUGACGCUCAGGGACCGGCGUGUUUCCGCGAAAUCCAUGGAUGAAGACAGUACGAGAAGCUCUGAGGGGCCCGGUGAUGGAUACAUCCGAUCAGCGAGCAAUGGGAAAAUAGAUGCUGAGCGUGUGAUCAGUAAAAAGAUGCAGCUCAAGCAAAAGGCUGAGCAAAUGAAGACAGACUUGUUGAAGCAGUUUGAUUUUCAAUUUAACCAUUUUGUGGAUAAUCUGAUUGAUGAAUCAACCACCCUGGACUCCUCUAUUUCUCCUUUCUUAAGUGCAUCGGUGAGCAAAGAACAGACAGCUGUGGCUCACAAACAGGCAAGGGCACCCCCAGAGAAGGGAAAACACUUCAUAUCUCGGCGAUCUCUGCUUGAUGAGCUGUUCCAAGUGAAUCACAUCCGGACCAUCUAUCACAUGUUCAUUGCUUUACUCAUCCUCUUUAUUGUCAGUACCCUGGUGAUGGACUUCAUUGAUGAAGGAAGGCUGGUCCUUGACUUUGACCUAUUGGUUUAUGCCUUUGGGAGGUUUCCAAUUGUCAUUUCCACCUGGCUCUGUAUGUUCCUGUCUACACUCCUCAUUCCAUAUGGGCUGUUUCUGCAAUGGGCAUCAGGAUACCAGGCAUCGAAACGCAAAGUUUUACGGACAGUGUUCUUUGGUGCAUUGUUUUUGUUGUUCCAGAUGGUAGGCCUGUGGGCUGCUCCGGUCUACACAGUCAUUCAUUUUUGUCUACCUCCAGCCUCCCGCUUCAUUGUUAUAUUAGAACAGGUCCGCCUGAUGAUGAAAGCACAUUCCUUCAUACGGGAGAACUUCAGCAGAGUGGUAUCAAACAAAGAAAAGAACAGUGGCAUUCAGCAGACACCCCAGUUUUCCCACUAUCUCUAUUUUCUUUUUGCUCCUACUCUCAUAUAUCGGGACAGCUAUCCCAGGAACCCUACAAUUAGAUGGAGCUACGUUGCUACAAAAUUUGCUCAGGUUCUGGGCUGUCUGUUUUAUGCUUACUAUAUUUUUGUGCGGCUCUGUAUUCCUUUGUUCCGAAACAUCAGCCGGGAGCCAUUCAGUUUGAAAGUCCUGGUUCUCUGCAUCUUCAAUUCCAUCUUGCCAGGUGUGUUAGUGCUGUUCCUGGCUUUCUUUGCAUUCCUGCACUGCUGGCUCAAUGCCUUUGCUGAAAUGCUGCAGUUUGCUGACAGGAUGUUCUACAAGGACUGGUGGAAUUCCACAUCAUUUGCAAACUAUUACCGGACCUGGAAUGUAGUAGUCCAUGACUGGCUGUACUAUUAUGCAUAUAAGGAUUUUCUCUGGUUAUUCACCCACCGGUUUAGGGCUGCUGCAAUGUUGUCUGUCUUCACAGUGUCUGCUGUAGUUCACGAGUAUGUGCUGGCAAUUUGCUUUGGGUUUUUCUAUCCAGUCCUCUUCUGUCUGUUCAUGUGCUUUGGAAUGGCAUUCAAUUUCGUACUGCAUGAUCGCCGGAAAGGUCCCGUCUGGAAUGUGGUGAUGUGGACAUCGCUGUUUCUGGGCCAGGGCAUGUUGGUUUGCCUAUAUUCACAAGAGUGGUAUGCCCAGCAGCAUUGUCCCCUUACUAAUCCCUCAUUCUUGGAUUUGUUGAAGCCACGGUCCUGGACCUGUCGCUUGAACUCAUAAUGGAUGUGACCUAUGGAUCUGGGACCAUUUCUGUUGGAAUGCAGCAGCACCUUUCAUAAACCAAAUGAAUGUUUCUCUUGCACCAGAUAGUGCCUGCUCCCUCCUCUGUCUUAAGUUUUGGUCAUAGAGCUAGAUAUUCUCCUUAAGCCAUUAAUCACAGGAUAAAUGCCAAUUUAGUGCUAUAUCUACUGUAUUAAGCAGCCACCUUCUACAUCAUGAACAGGAGGAAUGCUCAAAACAAAAUGUUGGUUGGCAGGAAGAGGUUUCAGAUCUUCAAUUCUCAUUCUUCUCUCUCUCUCUCCCUCUCUCUCUCUCCCUCUCUCUCU